UACUUGUUAUAUGCGCGACGCCGACAAACGCACGGUGACUGAGUGGGCGUCUCAGGUCGCCAACAUUCCCGAGGCAUCCAAAGCGGCCGCAAGAAUACAUUUAUUUACACUAUUGUUCGAAGAGAUGCGCGUCCAGUGCGCCGACGAAUUUGCCAAACUGGCCAUCAUUGACGAUAUGGUAGUGCUCUUGGAAAAGGCGCAGCACUUGAUGAGUGUUGUGGCAAAUAAUAAAAAUAGUGUGAUUACUCCCAAAUGGUUGGCACCGCUUAUAUUGUUGAUUGAUUUAUACGAUAAGGCGGCCGUGGCUUCUGCCCGACGCGCGCCACUCCGUAAGGCCACGAAAAGGCUUUGGAAGUGGUUUGACGACAGGACAGGCCGGUGGUCGCCAUACGCUGUCGCCAACAAUAAGACAAUAGACGAGGCCUACAAAAAUGCGGACACACUUCACGCAGUGAUGAGAUUGUGUUUGCGUUUGACGCGCAACUAUGAAGUGGCCGCUCUCUUCGCAGAACAGGGAGGCGUUCGUGCGAUACUACAACUCACUCAGGCGUCGGCCUUCACGGGCUUCACUUCUUUGGCCACUUUAAUCAUUAGACACGUUCUCGAAGAGCCCAACACUUUGCGUCAGACCAUGGAAAGAGUGAUUCGCAUGCAAACACAUCACUCGCCGCUCGCGUGCCGGGAAAUGCAUUACAUAAUGCGAGUGUUAGGUCCGGCGGCCUGUCGUGACGGCCGACUGUUCAUAGAAAUGGCCAAAUCUGUGCUUCGAAUUAAUACAUCGCCGCUCAACAAACGUGAAGACGAAGACCCGCGAGCUUUGACCCCGAGUUCUAUACAAUUUCUCAAAGUAAUGCCCGGAAAGUUACCGACGACGGAGUCGGUCGUCCCGCCCGUCAAUAUCACACGGGAAGUAAUUUGUGACCUUUUGAAUGCGUUGAUCGUUAAAUCUGCCACUAAUGCUACCGAAGAUAAUUCUCAAUCUAUUGAACGGUUAAAAAGAACUGGUUUUGUUGGUGGAGUAAUGUCUUCAUCGGAUGUAUUACAAGCCGAUGACAACGACGAGACGUCUAAUGAUGACACAAACGCAGCGCCGGAGACUCCCAAAGUGGACACUCCUGUCGUCGCUGACGAUGACAUGAAUAAUAAAAAGAAUAAAAUACUUUUGACUCAAUCACUAAUUUUGAGACUUUUAGCAGAAUUGACCCGAAGUUAUAAUUUGGUCGCCAAAGCUAUCUGUGAUCAUAUCUACACAAGUGGUCAAUCUGAGCUCAUUUCUGAGGAAUGCACGGCUCUAUCAUUUAUUUUAGACCAUUUACUGCCUCCGACCCAAACCAUCGGUGAUCGCGACUGCCCGGCGCUGUCUCGGGUUCUGUUCGCAGCGCUGGCAUCGGCCACACAUUCACCAGAAGUACAGCAAAGUUUAGUGAAUGAAGUGAAGAGCGCUUUACACAGAACUUUAGUGUUGAGUGAAUCCAAUGAAAAGCACUCAAGAAUACAAGCGCUCACUUCACUGAUUAGUACAAUGAUUGAGUCGUGUCCGGCGCCCACCACUGCCUCAUCGCAACAGAACGUUCAGAAUUCCAUUCGCAGCCAAACGAGUCUUAUG